UGAUCAAUGUAAGUAAGGAGUAAUUUAAAUUAAUUUGAGAGAAUUUAGUCAUACACAAGAACAAGCUUUUCAUUAGCAGUUUCCUUUUUCCCCUUUCAGGAUACAUCUUUUCGGAUCCUACCAACUUCCAGAAAUAAGGAGGGUUUGCCCUAUGUUUGAAUAGUGAACGUGACACUUUACCCGAACACUUCAUCGCUUGCUCUUCAUAAAACUCCUCUGGUGGAUUACUUUGCACUCAUCGGGAUAGCAGUUUACAAUCAAAGAUGUAUCGGAACAUUGGGGACUUGGGCCGAGGAGACAGCUCUACGUACCCCAACAUCGACUCUGGGUCCCCCCACACCGGAUCGAGUGCUGUAUCCCAGGGCACCAGCACCUCAACUACACAACAAGAUCAGAAGUUCACUGUGGCAGGAGGCAGUCAGUUUGUUCCCAGUCUCAACGACAUCACUUCCAACCAAGACCUCCAGUGGUUGGUCCAGCCCUCCCUCAUCGGUCCACCUGGCCCCUCGCGGCCUCCACGUCCUCCUUACCCACCUGUAGCAGGAAUGAGGUCCUUCAACCCCUUACCUUCCCAACCACACCUUUACAGACCAGGGGUCAUAAGGGCAGCGGCAAGUUCCGGAAGCACGACCAGACGCAGGAACGAUGAACAUUUGUCCCCAGAGGAGUUGACAAGACGCAGAAUAAGGAGGGAGCGGAACAAACAGGCAGCUGCCAAGUGUCGUAACCGCCGACGUGAGCUGACAGACACUCUGCAAAGCGAGACAGACGAGUUGGAAGUUAAAAAGUCCCGUCUGCAGAAGGAGAUUGCUCAACUACAGAAGGAGAAAGAAAAGCUAGAGUUUGUCAUAGAGGCCCACAGCCCUAUUUGCAAGAUCCAGGACUCUGAUUCUGACCCGAGCUCAGAGAUUCCCUCAUUAGGAAUCAAAAUCGAGCCUGAGGACCUACCAGGGUCCUCAGCAAAGAGCCAAUCAAAGACUGAGAAGCCCAAACCCAAAAUUAUUAUCCCUGCUCGUCCUGUGACCUCGUCUGCCGGCCCCAUGGAAUCUGAGUCCCUUCACACCCCAAUUCUUAUUUCUACUCCAUCUCUUACUCCAUUUACAGCUAGUCUGGUCUUCAAUUAUCCCUCUGGCUCUCUAGACUCCAGUUCCACUAUUUCAUCCCAGGCUCUACCGCCUAUGUCAUCUUCCUCUCAACAUGAUGUGGCCCAGCAGUCUCGAAACCCCCAGCCCUGUAGUAUUGCCCAUCGCCGUAGCAGCAGCAGUGGGGACCAAUCAGAUCACUCCCUAAACUCGCCUACCAUCCUCACACUGUGAUUUAACGGGCUUCCAUGUUAGGAAAGACUGAGUGACAACACUGACGGUUAUGAAGAUGACGACAAUGAUGAUGACGAUUAUGACAACGACAUGGGGUGACACACAAAAGCUAACACACUGACACUCACAAGAAGCAUUAUGGUGAUGCGAAUGACUCAUAUUUAAAGGUUUGUAUUGUUACACCAUUGUUUGUUUUCCCUGAUGCAUAUAACUUCUAACAAUCUAUAUGUGUUAUGAUCAAAACCCAAGAGGUAGAAUUGUGCAAAUGUGCAAACAAAAAUGCAUUAACUUUGUGCACUUUGGCAAUAAUGGGGAUAUUUCUGCAUUUGAAAUGUAGGGACCACAUCAAUUUACUGAAUGAACACUGGACUUUAAUACCUGUAACAACAUAGUAGUACAUGGUAAUAAACACGUUGGUUUUGUUUUAGGAUAAUCAUACGCGCAUGCCAAGUUAUGUAAACUUUCUCAUGUAUGCUAGCUAUCUUUAUAUAAAAAAUGUAUACAGCUAGUUCUCAUAUUGUAUCUUUAGUACAAUAGAAUGUAUUUAAUUUAUGCAAAACCGCAUUAUUCUGGGAACAUUUUCAAGACAACUAAGGCAGGACCAUGGGAGUAAAUAUAGAAUAUAUAGACAUGUAUUUAUUGUUGAGAGUGUAGUAUAUUUUUGAUAAUGUGUCUCUUUUGACUGUGGGUUUAGUGGGCAGUGCCUUCAUUUUGAUGCGAUCUUACAAAGCUGUACAAUAAAGAGACGAUAAAGACAAAGUUA